GUUUUUAGCAUAGCGUUGUGGUUCACUUCUCAGUUCCAAAAGGCUGUGCGCUGUAUCGCGAGGGUUGUGAAUUAAGAUUUUUCGAUAGCGAGCGGUCGGAGCCGGUGUUUCAAGGGGGGUUUUCUCGUUUUUACAAAGCGACGGGCGGCGCCGCGGGCAGAAGCGCUCCGGACGCCGCGGUGAGCGCUCGUGUCGUGCUUCGUGGAAAAUACGCGAACUAUAUUAUUUUCGCGAUUUUCCGCCAUUUCGGAAAAAAUAUUUGUUUUGAAUUCGAUUUAAUUACAAAAGAAUUGCGAACCCUAAACAUUACGAGCGUUCAAAAGUAGACUUGGCCGAUUAGUGUAGUUUGGAACUUUUAAACAAAGUGUGUUUUGGAGAUAUAAUAAAUUAGAAAAUUCAAGGCAUAUAAUCGAAAUUGUGAUAUAUUGUAAGAAAAAUAAAUAAUGAACAUGAAAAGAAGCAAAGAAACAUAGAUAAUGCGAAAUCUUUGAAUUAAGAGUUGACUAAACUUCAAAGAUGCAAGCGAUGAGCGCAAACGCAAGUGCGCCGAGAGCGCCGCAACGGUCGCCGUUUGCGAUACAAGAGCUCCUCGGCUUAUCAGACAACCGCGACAGCCGAGACCGCUACUUUGAGAGUCGCGAUGGAGACCGGGUGCUGAACCUGUCAGAGAGCAGAGAGCCCAGGUCCGCGUAUACGCCCCAGUUCCCGUUGCCGGCCUCGGUGGCGAGUCGAGUAGCAUACGCUGCUGCCUUUAACGCACAAGCGGCCGUUGCAGCCGCCUUCCUCCCGGGUCCGCCGCUCCUACACCCACCUCCUGGUUUCCCGCAAAUAAAGUCGCCCUACAGUCCCUCUGCGCAGCCUCAUCUCACAGCUGUUCGACAAUUUUAUUCAGGCGUAUCUUCACUAGAAGCAGCGAAAGACUUCACCGUCGACGGCCUCACCGGGUACAACGGAAAGAAAAAGAAGAAAAAACGCAGACAUAGCAGGACCAUCUUCACCUCGUACCAGCUGGAUGAGCUGGAAAAGGCAUUUAAGGAUGCGCACUACCCUGACGUGUACGCAAGAGAGAUGCUCUCGUUGAAGACCGACCUUCCGGAGGACAGGAUACAGGUGUGGUUCCAAAACCGACGAGCCAAGUGGCGCAAGACUGAGAAGUGCUGGGGUCGGUCCACUAUCAUGGCCGAGUACGGCCUCUACGGAGCGAUGGUGCGCCACUCGCUUCCACUACCAGAAACCAUCUUGAAGAGCGCCAAGGAAAACGACAACGUGGCGCCCUGGCUACUCGAACUGAAUGGCAGACGCGCAAAUCGGCUACCUGAUGGCAUGCACCGCAAGUCGUUGGAGGCGGCGCAGCACCUCAAGGAGUCGGGGUCGGAGCGCGAAGGCUCCGAGGCGGAGGCGGAGCGCGCGCCCUCCGCCUCGCCACACCGACACGACGUGCACGACACCCAGGCACAAAGUUCACCCGGCAGCAGCACGACAGCUUCCUCAUCAGCGAAGGGGCGCGCCUCACCCGACGGUCGCGAACUCUACGAGGACCCUGAAGCUUUCCGCAACAACAGCAUCGCCUGUCUCCGAGCUAAGGCGCAGGAGCACCAAGCGCGACUACUCUCCAACAAUCUUCUCCUUCAGGUGCGCGGCUUGCAGCGGGCGAGCGGCGCGCCGAGCGUGACGGAGGACGACGGCCCCGCCGACAUCGACGUGGGCACCGAGCCGCCGCCGCUCGACGCCGCGCGGCUCUACUGACCGCCCGACCGGCUACUGUGAGCUCGCUGUCCCGCCCCGCCCCGAGGGGAUCGCACGAUGGACGACAGUCGCGGGUGAGCCCGGGAGGUCUCUCGUUGGAUGCGCGUCUCGCGACACGGCGUCGUGAUCGGUGGCCGAGUGAUCGCCUCGCGCGGAACUGUUCGUACUUAAGUGUAAUUAUGUACAUUGUAGAUCUAGAAGUAUUUAACUAAAUCCCCCGUUUUUCGUGCAAUACCCCUAGUUAAGUAUUUAUCCGAUUAGCCGUUGUGUUAGCGUUGUAUAAAGUUCGCCCGGCACUAGCUGUGAAUCGUCUGAAAUACUAAUGAGAGCCUGUUAGUUAGUAAUCUUAAGGAGUUAAGCGAAGACUUUUAAAUCGAAGUAGAUAAAUAUCGAAUUGGUACUAAAUAAUUUAUUGUAAAUGUUGAAUAUCUGUAAAAUUAAUUGUGUCUUAACGGUUCAAGGAGCGAAUCAAAAUUCACUUAUUAUAAUAACUGUUUACUUAACAAUCGACAAAAUACGAAUUAUUGUAAUGUAUAAUAUAACAAAACUUUAAGUCUUUGCCUAUUACUUUUAAGGGAAAAAUUGUACUUAUUUUCAAACAAGUUAAAAAAAUAUCUAUUGUAUAUUUUAGCUAUUAUUUACUGUAUAAUUUACAAUUUGUUUAUCAUAUUUUUAUAUUAAAUUGAAUUAUCAGAUUAAAUCAUUCCGAAUA